AUGACAAAAGGCCAGUACCCAGAUGUGUUUGUGCUUCGUCUUCAAAUUGCUUUCAUCUGUCCUGUUGAUGGCUGUGUCAACUGCUGCUAUAAUUCUUGUGAAAACGGGCAUAUACAGCAAAUAGGAAGUGGCAGUUAUGGUGGAUGGAUUUCUCAUAUUGGAAAGCUGAAAGAUUUUCUUCUGCAACACAGAAAGGAUUACAUUAAUGCUUACAGCCAUAUUAUGUCUGAGUAUGUGAGGAUGACAGAUACAGAGCGUGAUCAGAUAGAUCAAGAUGCUCAGAUAUUUAUGAGGACGUGUGCCGAUGCCAUUCAUCAGCUGAGAACAGAAGCACACAAGGGUGUCCAGUCUGCUCAGGUGAAGGAGCACAGAACAGCUGUCUUGGACUUCAUUGAAGAUUACUUAAAAAGAGUGUGUAAGCUGUAUUCUGAACAAAGAGCCAUCCGAGUUAAGCGAGUGAUAGAUAAGAAGAGACUGUCCAGACUUGAACCUGAGCAGAGCAACGUGUCCAAAUCACCUCUUUCCCCUGAAAAACCUUCACAGAAUCCUUUAGAUGAUUCUGAAGAAAAACUUUCUGCUGAGGAAAGCAAAGACAGGAAUCUGCCUGAUGCCCAAAGUAACCUUGGAUUAUGGGGGGAUGGCAAAGGUGAAGAUGAGCUGUCACCUGAAGAAAUACAAAUGUUUGAACAGGAGAACCAGAGACUUGUUGGUGAAAUGAAUAAUCUCUUCGAUGAAGUCAGACAAAUUGAAGGAAGAGUGGUGGAAAUCUCCAGAUUACAAGAGAUAUUCACGGAAAAAGUCUUGCAGCAGGAAACAGAUAUUGACAAUAUCCAUCAAUUAGUUGUGGGUGCAACGGAGAAUAUCAAAGAAGGCAACGAAGACAUACGAGAGGUAAUCAAAAACAACGCUGGAUUUAGAGUAUGGAUCCUGUUCUUCCUUGUGAUGUGUUCGUUUUCCUUGCUUUUCCUGGACUGGUAUGAUAAUUAAGUAAUAACAUAAUACUGCCUACAUGCUUUGUCUGUAA